GCUAGGCUGUAAGAGAGACGAGAAUAACGAAUACGAAGGCAUCGAUUCUUCGACAUGACGGAUCACGUCUACCAAAUACGCUCGCUCGGAGUCGGAAGCGAAGGAAUUCCGGACCAGUACGCGGACGGAAGGGCGGCCAAGGUGUGGGAACUCUACAUCGGAGAGCGCGAGAAGAGAACCGAGCACUACAAGGAGUUCCUCUCCAGCAAACUGCGCGACCUCGGCUGCCAUCACAUCCUGGAUGUUGCGUGCGGUACUGGCAUUGACUCCGUGCUGCUGUUGGAAGAGGGCUUCAAGGUCACAAGCGUGGACGCCAGCGACCGCAUGCUCAAGUAUGCGCUCAAGAUCCGCUGGAACCGCAGGAAGGAGAAGGUUUUUGACGACUGGGUGAUCGAGGAGGCCAACUGGCUGACUCUCCCCGACGACUUAGUCAAGCCUGCGUCUGGCGGUUUCGACGCGGUCAUCUGCCUGGGCAACUCGUUCAGCCAUUUGCCGGACUCGCGGGACGCUCCCGGAAGUACACACCGGCGCGCCAUCGCCAACUUCCGGGAGAUGCUCAAGUCCGGCGGAUACCUCGUGAUCGACCACCGGAACUACGACCACAUCCUCGACCAUGGAACGACGCCGACGCAUAGCAUCUACUACAACAGUAACCACAUCAAGGACAUCCAGACCUCGGUGCUGUACGUGGACAGAAAGCCCUCGAUGGUGAUAUUGGACUACGUCAUGGACGUGUCCUCCUUGGAGAACAAGUUCGACUGCACGGACACGCAGUACAGCAAGAAAGGCCGGCUCUCAGGAGAGCCGAUAAAGUGAGAUACUAUAUCUAUG